CUCUCCCCGUCAACCGGUCUACACACCAUCUUUAUCAUCUUCUCGCCGACCUAACCAUCAUGUCGUCUCCGAUCCGCAAUACCCAAUCGCCACCCCAGCACAACAACCCUUGGCAGCACGAGGCCCCGCACAUGAAUCGUCCCGAUGCUUUCUCAGCGAACGCGAACAUCAGGACUCACUCUAGACAACAUGAUUCGAGGAGUCGUGGGCGUCAAACACCGCGCCAGGAGGAUGAAAGGCGACCCGCGGAAGAUGAUGACGGCGAUGUACCGAUGUACACGGCCAACGAAGUAAGCCGUUUUUUGGCGGAGGCGUCGGUUCCAGCGUUGUACCAAGGAAAAACCCCCGGUCAGAUAGUUUCCAACGUCGUUUCAAGGAUGUCGAACUCGGAUAAACUGCAGCCGAGUGGGUCCAACUUCGCGGUCUGGGAGUUGAUGAUGCGUGAACGAGCCCUGGAGAUAUUUGGUGUACCAACCUGGUACUCAAAACUCUGCAAUGACCCGAUUCAAGAGCAAAUCGGCCGAUCCCUUCUCUUGGCAACUGUCGAUAGCAACAUGCACCGAAGCAUCCUUCGUCAGUCGAACUGCUUCCAAAUGUUCCAAUACCUCAACUCGCGUUUUUUCACGGUCACCAGGGCAGAACAAAUGACAUGCUGGGACCGUCUGACCAACUUCAAAAUGAGCGACUAUUCAAACAGCGCCGAAGCCGUCUCUAAACUCUUCGAAAUAUUGGACGACUUCAGCAGCUUUGGGAUCGACCUCAACCGUGAGACGAUAGGAGGUAUGGCACUUCAAGCCUCUUUGGAAGCGGGCUCAGAAUGGCGUCGGGAGGUAGAUCGUCGUGUCGAGCAGGACCUGGGUGGAUCGAGCCGAACUCUAUCCAAAAAGGCAGUUACGCCCGACCAAAUCCUGAAGCAUAUUGACAUCGUCAAACGCCAAACAGAUCUCGGUUCAUCUAAAUCAUCUUUCUCGGCGAUGGUUCCUCAAGCUCAUCAAGCGUCUGCAGCUGACCAGUCGGAUCAAGCGAAGGAGUACUACGACCCGGCAGCCUGGCCUGCGGCUCCACCUGUCCAGGGCUUAGUGACGUAUGGCCUCCAGUGCUGGAACUGUCGCUCGCCGGACCAUCUGCUGAGCAAGUGCAAGCUACCCAGACGUCGAGACUUUGAUCGACCCCCUCUGCCGCCCGGGCAGCCGCGCCGUCAAUGGCAGACGGGUCCACCGACCCGUACAAACAAUCCUCCGAUUGUUGCACCUGGCAACUUCCAGGCGUGGUAUCCAAUCAUGACCCCGCCGGGGUAUACCAAUCGAGGGUAUCAGACGCAAGGUUCACCGUACGCGCCGCCGAUGGCCAACCCUACGGGCGGGCAACAGACCAGAAGGCCUGAUUUGUACUGA